AGAAAGUCGAUAAAAAUAUUUUGGACAUAGGUAGUCACGUACUUUUGUUAGCGUCUUGACAGAAGCUUGGCCCUCGGCUAUCGAUUCAGCUACGCGGGGGUGGAACCAUUCGUCCCCGAUUCACCAUCAUCACCAUUCGGCUGCAUGCUGCUGCAACUAUACCAAUCCAUAGCAGAGCUGACGAGAGGCUCGCUAAACACAGAAACAGAUGGAUUCUUUUAAGCUGGAAAGGCUCAUCUGCCCUGCUCUCAACAUCUUACCGCCAAACACAUCGCCGAGGAUAUAUGCCGACGCCAUUGCGUACUUUGAAGCUAUUCCGUGGACCGCCGCCCUGCUCAAGAAGCCGCGCACAAUUGCAUUCGUUCCACAAACAGUGAAUCCGGCGGAUGAGAAUGACAACCAAUUCUUCUCUCAGACGCUUCUAGGCGAGCGCGGUCUGAGACACAUGCUUUGCCUCUUCACCUGCGACGACGAUGCCCACGCGCGAGACCCGGAGCGACCAAUCACCAAGGUCCACGUACUAUACGCUGUUGGACCAGCGCUGGGCGGAUAUCCUGGCAUCUUACAUGGCGGUAUGACCAUGACCAUGAUGGACGAGGGCAUGAGCGUGAUCAACGAGCUGAACCUGGCGCUGGGCAAGACGAGCUCUGUCUUCCAAUCUACGAGCGUCACGGCCGGGUUGGACAUCAAGUUUGUCAGAGGGGUUCCCAUUGAUAGCUGCGUAUGCGUGACGGCACAGGUAGAUGGCUGGGAAGGACGCAAGACGAGGAUAAGCGCCGUAUUAACAGGGGCGCAGAAUGAGGUGCUUGCAAAAUGCACCAGCAUGUGGGUAGCCUUGAAAGCAAAGGUAUAAAAAGGCAGGGGUUGCAUAUGGCGUGUACAUGUAUAUAGAAAAG